GGGAAGGAGGGUUACUAUUGGAUCAAAACAUCAGAAGAAAAGUGUCUCCCUUGUUUGGGUAACUGGAAAUGGGUUUGAAUGAAGCGGUGUGGUGCAGCAUGGUGCUCCUUUUGGUUGGUUUUGGAAGGUGUGAUUUAAACCAAGACAAAGCAGAAUGCAGCGACAAACUGCUUGGUUUAGCAAGUUGUCUUUCGUACGUUGGAGGGGAAUCAAAAGCCCCAACCUUAGACUGUUGCAGCGGUCUUAAAGGGGUUAUCGACAAGAGCAAGAGAUGCCUUUGUAUCCUUAUCAAAGAUCGUGAUGAUCCCAACCUUGGCCUCAACAUCAACGUUACCCUUGCUCUUAACUUACCCACUGCUUGUCACACCCCCACCAAUAUCACUCAGUGUGUUGAUCUUCUGCACUUGCCACCCAACUCUCCAGAAGCUAAAGAAUUUGAGGGGUAUGAAAAAGCCUUGAAAACCAAUAGUUCCGCCCCAGCUUCAAGCGCUAGUAACGCAACGCAUGGGGCUGGAAAGGGAACAACAGAAAGCGAUGGAGGGUGGGGAAAGAAGUGGCUAAUAACAGAGGCUUGUGGGAUUUUACCAUUUGUUUUGGUGUGGCAUUUGGUGUGAGGAGAUGAAUGAUGAGGUAGCAUAUUAUGGUGGUUGUGUCUAUUUAUUUCUGGGUUUCAUAUAUAUAAAUGUUGAUUGGGAAUGCAAUUCCUAAUAAGUUGCUAGGUGAAUGGUGAUGUUACUGUGUUGUCUUUUUCCUUCGCUUAUUAGUGUGCCCAUCCUCUGAGUUCUGGGUGUGAUUAAUUUUCCAACUAAUGGAACCAUUGAAGGGACCCAUACCCAUUACUUGAGCUCACCAGUGUGUAUGCUUUAAAUAUAUAAUUGUGGUGGCAAAUGGGGAGGGUAAGGGCUAUGGCCUAUGGCUAUGGCCCCCUUUCCAUUUCCUACACGCCAUUCCUUCUAUGGACGUGACAUAAAUCUU